AUGUUUCGUGCACGAAGAUAUCGGAUUUCUUUGGUGAUUGCCGUGGUUUUUGUCCUGGUGAUCCUCCAUUUUACCGGAUCUCACGAUCCACCUACUAUCCUACAGGUCCCUCCGCCGCCGCCGCCUGCUGCCGAUCACUAUUCCUCUCCCCAAUUCCCCAAGCAAGCAAAUGACCAGCUUAAAAAUGGAUACAACAGCAACAACAAUAACUACGAUAAUGGAGGUGCUAGAAAUCCCGGUAUCCCAGCAGCUCCAGAACUCCUAGAACAACAACAACAUCAGGAGCAACAACGGCCGCAGGCGCAGCCCCAGCGACCCUCACAACAACGCCCGUCGCAACAGCAACAAUCUCCUUCCCAAGACUCUUCCUCUGUCUCCGAUAAAGGUCCGGCUAAUGAAGGUCCCAGGCCGCAGUCUGGCGCUCAAACGCAGGCCCAUCACAACGAGGAAGAGGCUGAAGAUGACGUCCCUUCGCCCGUUCACUGGAAACCAAUGCCCGAGCAAUACCCUAUUAACCCCGAGGCCCAGAUUCCAUUGCCUCCCCGGCAGCCGAAACUCCUCCCCAGACUCCAGGCGAAAUUCAAGGAUGAGUCGUCUGCGGACAAGAUGCAGCGGCUACAGAGACUGGACGCGGUCAAGGCAACCUUCCAGCACGCGUGGAACGGUUACAAGGUCUCCGCCAUGGGUCACGAUGAGGUCAAGCCUCUUCGUGGUGGAUUCAAGGAUACUUUCAAUGGCUGGGGAGCGACGCUGGUUGAUACCUUGGAUACUCUAUGGAUCAUGGGGUUGAAGGAGGAGUUUUCUAUUGCAAUCGACCAUGUCAAGAGAAUUGACUUCACCACGAGCAAGAGAAAAGAUAUCCCGGUUUUUGAAACGGUGAUUCGUUACCUUGGCGGACUGCUUGGUGCAUAUGACAUCUCGGGACACAAGUACAAUGUGCUCCUGGAAAAGGCCGUUGAACUUGCCGAUAUCUUGAUGGGUGCUUUUGAUACACCGAACCGGAUGCCUACCCUAUUUUACAAGUGGACUCCGGACUACGCUUAUCAAUCGCGCCGGGGGGAUUACAAGGCAGUUCUCGCGGAACUUGGCUCGCUCUCCCUUGAAUUUACUCGGUUGGCCCAAUUGACCAAGGACAAUAAGUACUAUGACGCCAUUGCCCGCAUUACCAACGCCCUGGAACAGUUCCAAGAUGCAACCAAGUUUCCUGGUUUGUGGCCUCUGCAGCUCGACGCUUCUGGAUGCAGAAAACCCGCUCCUUCCGGGCGAGAUAUCUCCAAGGGACAACCUGUCAAGGCUUCAACGCUCCCCUAUGGAAUAGAACUCAAUUCGACAGCCUCGAUCUCACACGCUCGGAGACAACUCCAUGAAGGUGCACAGGCAGCCACUUAUGACGAUGAUUCUACAGGGAGUUUCUACGCUACGGAAUCCGAUACUACUUCAGAACGGUACAGGGACCGGCCGCCGCCUCCAACAAAUCCGGCUUGCACCGAGGGCCUCAACAAUCAGGUCUCCGGAACGGAUAAGUUUGGGUUUGGAGCUCUUGGAGAUUCGACAUAUGAGUACUUGCCCAAAGAGUACAUGCUGCUUGGUGGGAACAACGAACAAUACCGCACCAUGUAUGCCAAGGCCAUGGACGCUGCCCGAGAGCAUCUCGUGUUCCAACCCAUGCUCAAGAACAACCGUGAUGUCCGGUUCCUGGCCACUGUCACGAUGACAAAGAAGGUCGAUGAAAGUCACCUAGCUCGUACGAUCUUUGCCUACGAGGGUACCCACCUUACCUGCUUUGCUGGUGGUAUGUUCGCGAUCGGUUCUAAGCUGUUUGGAAUUGAAGGUGAUCUGGAGCUGGGCCGCCAGCUAACGGAUGGUUGUGUGUGGGCCUAUGAGACCACCAAAACUGGAAUUAUGCCCGAGGCCUUUAAGCUGGUCCCUUGCCAAAAGGACAAACCAUGUGAAUGGAGCGAGACUGCGUACUACCGCGCCUUGGAUCCGUACGCAGACGAGCGACCAAAGUCUCACCGCAAGCGUGCUUCCAAGAACAGUAGCUGGCACGUCAUUGCCACCGGCGAAUCCGGCAAGCAGGAAGAUGAUGAGAGCGACACCAGUGAAGAAAUUGAGAAGAAGGAUCUGGAGCCAGCUGCCGAAGAGGUGAAUACUCCCUCGCACGAGGAAUAUGUUACCGCACGAAUUCGAAGCGAGCGCCUCCCACCCGGAGUCAUUGGAAUCUCGUCUCGUCAAUACAUUCUGCGCCCUGAGGCUAUCGAGUCUGUGUUCAUCAUGUUUCGCCUUACCGGAGACCCUUCCUGGCGCGAGAAGGGCUGGAAAAUGUACCAAGCCGUUGCCGAAUACACGAAGACUGAGUUGGCCAACUCAGCCAUUGACGACGUGACGGUAGAGAGUCCCCGACCGCUGGAUAGUAUGGAGUCGUUCUGGCUGGCAGAGACCUUGAAAUAUUUCUAUCUCCUCUUUAGCGACACGGAUGUGGUGAGCCUUGACGAAUAUGUUCUAAACACCGAGGCGCAUCCCUUUAAGCGCCCAGUCUACUAAUGCUAAUAACCUUUCGCUCUAUAUCCCCUUGCGAUAUACCCGUCGCCGUUGUUGCUAUUUUGCUGACCGGCUCUUUGUAAAAGUAUCGAUACCACGUUUCCAAGUCCUUUCUGAACCCUGAACCUCGAGUCGGGGAGGCCUUUUUUUUUUUUUUCUUUUCCUUUUCUUUUUUUUUAAUUCAUCUGUACCCUGUUAAUUGGGCUGUAUUGGAUUGUCCCCCGCGGUGUUUAGCAGCGUACAUAGAUGUCUGCAUUUGGGUCCCUGUAUUGAGCAGUAGUUGAGCUGUUAGACGUACCUGUCGAUAAUGUCGGAAAUUGCCAAAGGGAACCCAUUCCAAAUCUACCAUUUUAGCAGAGAGAUAAAG